CUCCCCCCAGCCUUGGGCGCUGCUCCGCCUCCCUGCUCGCGCUCUGUGGCCGCAGUGCUCCGGGACCCGGCGAGCCUUCGGGGCGCACGUUGCUGCUGGUGGUUGGGGCUCCAGGGAUAAUAAAUGAUAGAGGAUACAAUGACUUUGCUGUCUCUGCUGGGUCGCAUCAUGCGCUACUUCUUGCUGAGACCCGAGACGCUCUUCCUGCUGUGCAUCAGCUUGGCGUUGUGGAGUUACUUCUUCCACACCGACGAGGUGAAGACCAUCGUCAAGUCCAGCCGGGACGCCGUGAAGAUGGUGAAGGGCAAGGUGGCGGAGAUCAUGCAGAACGAUCGGCUUGGGGGGCUUGACGUCCUGGAAGCCGAGUUUUCUAAGACCUGGGAGUUCAAGAGCCACAAUGUGGCGGUGUACUCCAUCCAGGGCCGGAGAGACCACAUGGAGGACCGCUUCGAAGUUCUGACGGAUCUGGCCAACAAGACGCACCCUUCCAUCUUCGGGAUCUUCGAUGGGCACGGGGGCGAGACUGCAGCUGAAUAUGUCAAAUCUCGACUCCCAGAAGCUCUGAAACAGCACCUUCAGGACUACGAGAAAGACAAAGAAAACAGUGUGUUGUCCUACCAGACCAUCCUUGAGCAGCAGAUUCUGUCAAUUGACCGAGAAAUGCUGGAAAAAUUGACGAUCUCCUACGAUGAAGCAGGCACAACGUGCUUGAUUGCUCUACUGUCAGACAAAGAUCUCACUGUGGCCAACGUGGGAGACUCCCGUGGUGUGCUGUGUGACAAAGAUGGGAACGCCAUUCCCUUGUCUCAUGACCACAAGCCUUACCAGCUGAAGGAAAGAAAGAGGAUAAAGCGAGCUGGUGGUUUCAUCAGUUUUAAUGGCUCCUGGAGGGUCCAAGGGAUUCUGGCCAUGUCUCGAUCCCUAGGAGAUUAUCCACUGAAAAAUCUCAACGUGGUCAUCCCAGACCCAGACAUCCUGACCUUUGACCUGGACAAGCUCCAACCUGAGUUCAUGAUCUUGGCGUCGGAUGGCCUCUGGGACGCUUUCAGCAACGAAGAAGCAGUUCGAUUCAUCAAGGAGCGCUUGGAUGAACCUCAUUUUGGGGCAAAGAGCAUAGUUUUACAGUCAUUUUACAGGGGCUGUCCUGACAACAUAACAGUCAUGGUGGUAAAGUUCAGGAACAGCAACAAAAUAGAAGAGUAGUGAGCCCUUCAGGGGUCUCGGCUGCCUUUCACUAAAGGACUACCAACACACUGGUCUCUUACUGUAGUGAAGCUGUGGGAGCUGUAAUUAGGAAUCCCCCCUCCCUGGUGCUCUUUGUUCUCCAUUCAGUGGUGAACAGAGGGUCCUCUUGGCUGAGGAGUUGAGAGGCUGGAAGAUGGCUUCUCCAGGCUUUCCCAACUCUUUCAUCCAAUGUCCAAAAUACAUAGAUAGUUGUAGAUUCACAUGUGUGAGCUGAGUGGCAUCUCAGUUCUCCCUUUGAAGAUUCUUCCCAGGCCCCCUGUCAGGUCCUGCAGGCAUCAGCCUUGUGUCUCUCUUUAGAACAGGGGCAAGGCAGGCCUCCCAGGAUGCAGGAGGCAAGCCGCUACAUCCCCUGUGAGCUGGGGCUGACGUGGCCGAGCCCUCUGCUGAGAGGCAGAGCUGCCUUGAGCGCAGGUUUUCUGCUCAGUGGCAGCCCAGAUGCUGGUCUGGAAUGGUCUGUUUUUCAGUGCCUGAUGUCGGAGACUGAAAGGAGGCUAGAUCAGGGACAGGCACCUGCACAGAGAACAACCCUUUUCCCUGGUCCUCUCUAUUCGUUCAAUAGACUUCAUAUACCACCUGACCUGCCUGUGUGCUUUAUCCUGAUUCUGCAUGACCCUAACCUUAUCGUAUGUAAUAGGCAGCUGUUAAUGUCACCACCAAACACCCACAGGUUUUCAUCUUUUGUUACCAAGAAACCACAACAGGGAACAUUUUAAAAAGCCAAUCACAAUACCCAUCUAUAUGGGUAGACAGAGAAAAACAAUGCCACAGCUCCCCUUGGGAAGUCAGCUCCUCACAGUGGCGAAAGGCAGGGGCUGGGCAGUACUACCCAGAACUGAGCUCCAGCUGCCAGUCUGGGGUGGGUUCCCCGUCCUGUCUCAGUGGCUCUCUCCAAGUACCUUUCCAGCAGCAUUCUGAGAAGCAGCAGCCUCAAAUGCACGUGCAUUUCCCAAAGCCACAUACAGGUUUCCCAACCACCACAAUGUGGAAUUUGUUGAUAAACUACUGAGCACACUGCCCCUUAACAAGGGAAAGGCCACAACCUUUUAACAUUGGAUUGCAAAUUUCCAUCUCCACUGGGUAGCUUUCCUCAGACACACAAA